GGCCCGGGCCCGCUACUGCGCAGGCACAGCGCCGCUGGGCCUGGCCGGGCGCGACGCAGUAUUGAGCGCCGGUGUGUCGUCAACGUGUGUGCGACGCGGGGAGGGCGCCGCCGCCGCGAAGCUCGUUGGCCGAGGGGCGGGGGAGGCGGCUGUCCUUCUCCUCCUCCUCCUCCUCUUGCUGCUGCUCGCGGGCCCGCCGGCAGCAUGCAGAACGUCAUCAACACGGUGAAGGGGAAGGCCCUGGAGGUGGCCGAGUACCUCACCCCCGUGCUCAAGGAGUCAAAGUUCAAAGAAACUGGAGUAAUCACACCUGAAGAAUUUGUCGCGGCUGGAGAUCACUUAGUUCACCACUGUCCUACUUGGCAAUGGGCUUCAGGAGAAGAACUAAAAGUCAAGGCUUAUCUGCCAACAGACAAACAGUUUUUGGUAACUAAAAAUGUGCCAUGUUACAAAAGGUGUAAGCAGAUGGAGUACUCGGAUGAGCAGGAAGCAAUUAUAGAAGAAGAUGAUGGUGAUGGGGGAUGGGUAGACACUUUUCACAAUGCAGGUAUAGUGGGUGCAACAGAAGCAGUUAAGGAGAUCACACUAGACAGUAAGGAAAAUAUAAAAAUACCAGAUCGUUCAGCAUCUUGCGAAGAUGAUGAUGAGGAAGAUGAAGGAGAAGCUGCAGACAUGGAAGAGUAUGAAGAGAGUGGGCUAUUGGAGACAGAUGAUGCAACGCUUGACACGAGACAGAUUGUAGAAACUAACAAGGCUAAAGUUGAUGUUGGAGGGGAAGAUGCUAUUCUACAGACUAGAACUUACGACCUCUACAUCACUUACGAUAAAUAUUACCAAACUCCAAGACUGUGGUUAUUUGGAUAUGAUGAGCAGCGGCAGCCUUUAACAGUAGAGCAUAUGUAUGAAGAUAUUAGUCAAGAUCAUGUCAAGAAAACGGUAACCAUUGAAAACCAUCCCCAUCUUCCUCCACCUCCCAUGUGCUCAGUUCAUCCAUGCAGGCAUGCAGAAGUCAUGAAGAAAAUAAUUGAGACUGUUGCAGAAGGUGGAGGAGAACUUGGCGUUCACAUGUACCUUCUUAUUUUCUUGAAAUUUGUACAGGCGGUCAUUCCAACGAUAGAAUAUGACUACACAAGGCACUUUACGAUGUAACUAAAAUAAGAAAUGUCUCCUCUAAUUAUUAAAUCCUUUUUUAAAUAACCCAUCCAUGUGACUUAUACAACAUUAUACAUAAUUUCUGUAACUAACCUUUUAUCAAGUUGAUGCAUUAAAAUAAAAUGUUCCAUUACCAGCCUUUUUAAUAAAAAUCUUUGUGUAUAAUAUAAAUAAAUCACUUUCAUUCCAAUACAGACACUGCACUAAGAGGUGGGAUUUUUUUUCUCCAUAAUUCCUUCAAUUUUGCUUUCAACAGAAGACUCUUUUUGUCUAUAUUAGAAUCUAAAAUCUACUUUCUUAGUAGAAACCUAAUGUUUUUGGCUUUAUUACUGAUUCCUGAAAAUGAAAAGAUUUUAUUAUUAUUUUUCAUCCCAAUUAAAUUAACUUGAGAAUUAUGUGGGUUUUUCCCUAGUUAUGAAUGGUUAUGUUUCCUCCAGCUGGAGGAGGAUUUUGAAAGCUGAAAGAAAAUACUUGAUCAUCUUGUAGAAAAGUUUAAUAUAGCUGUAACUAACCAAUCUUUGAAAAGUGAUUGAGCAAGACUAGUGUUUUGGGUUGGAAUUUUUUGGGAGACAAAGGAGAAAUAUUAGUAUGUAGUCUGUUAAUCUUGUAGUAAAGGCAAAAAAAAAGUCUUAUUAACAAAGUUACAGCUUUGGGGUAAGGGGAGAAGAUUGCUAUGGUACAGCAAGAUUUGGUCUUGAUUACUUGUCUGCCUCAACUACACUAGCUGGUAGUCCAAUAGCAUGAUUUCCUUUUUGGGGUAAAUAUACAUGGAGUUGUUUAUGAAUUCAGAUAUCGCAGAUGCAUCCAGGCUUUAGCAGCUGCUUUCUGCCCUGUAAAUAAGUUUUUCAUUAAUGAAAAUGUGAGGAAAGGACCACCACAUAUAUAUGUGUGUGUGUGUGUGUGUGUGUGUAUAUUUCUAUUAGGUUCACUUAAACUCUGUUUAGCUUUCAGUUCUCCCAAACAUCCAGCUAGCAUUCUGCAGGGUAAUCUGAAGUUGGAUGUCUGCAACUGGCUGAAUUUACUGUUGGGUAGGAAGGUUGGUCCCUGUUCUGGCACAGCUGGUCCCCAUCUUGGCUGUCCUCUCUACCAUGCUCUUACAUGACAGCCUGUAAUCAAGUUCUGUGUACUAUGCUUAAAUUGGCUUUCCUCUCUUGAUAUCUAUCUUCACUUCCUCUUUUUUGGACAGUAUCUUAAGCAAUGUCUAUAUAAAUGAAGAGUAAUGGAGCUGAAACCUGUUAAAACUUAACCACACCCACUGAGUCAUGCCAUAGGAUUUUCCCUAUCAGACUAAUCUCCAGGAUGUUUUGGGUCUUUUGGUAACAAAGGAAGUAGCUGUCCUCCACCCAACAAACAGGGGGGUUGGAGGGGAGCAAAGACAGAUUAUGUAUUAAAAUAACCAGCACUGAUGCAUAUUUUUUUCCUUUGCUCUGUCAGAAUCUUUUGAAACGUCAUUCUCCCUAAAAGUUGUCUCCUCUUUUGGGAACAUGAAUUAGUCUUUCACUGGUUUCCAGUAUGUUAACAAAUACCACAUUUUUCUUUGCCAGGCUGUUGGUGGAAGUAAGUGGCAGGAUAUAUAUUUUUUUUAACUAUAAACUGAUGAAGGCCUUUUUCUCUGACCCUAGCAGAAAAACAGGAGCAGCAGAACUGAAGAGAACUUGCUAGCAGCUUACAUCAGCACUGUGAUAUUUAAUGUCUUACAGCAUUUGUAA